CUGUUCCCUGUUGCUGCCGCUUAUAUAUUAAUUGCAGUAGUGGCAGCAGUUGGAAACCUUCUGGUCUGUUUCGCUAUACUCACCAACAGAAGUCUUAGAAGCAAGCCAUCAAACCUACUGCUGCUGUCCUUGGCUGUCUCAGAUCUUCUGACUGUAGUCUUGGCAAUGCCAUUCGAUAAAGAUUCGUUUCUUCAAGGACAUUGGAGACAUGGACCAGUAAUGUGCGUAACGUCUCUUACUUCCUACCUCAUCACCGUACCCACAUCGAUUUUGACGCUUUUGGCUAUCAGCCUGGAUCGCUACCAAAACCUUCUUGAUCCUCUGCGCGGAACGAAAAAAGAACUAGAACAAUGCUUAACUUCCUUCACUGUGUUAUACAACAUCUUGAGCAAUUUUCUGAACUUUGUUGGGCCGCUGGUAAUUACAUGCGUGUUAAAUAUCACGAUGUAUUGUAUUGCUUGCAAGCAUAAUAAAAGAGGUCUUAGGAAUCAUGGAAAGAUUCCAAAGAAGACGCAAAGGCCCAUGCAAGAUCCCUAAAAGCUGCGAGGACAACUUUCAUGUUGGUGGCAGCUUUCUUCUUUUGCUGGCAGCCCUUCUCGUACUUCAGUAUUGUCGGUAUUCUCUACGGUGAACAGAACUGGGACCCAUACCCGAGUAAAGUUUUCUAUGUUCUGUUGAUGUUUGGCUACCUUAACUCGGCUCUGAAUCCUUUUUUCUUUGCGUUUCGCAACAAACAAUUCAAAGCCACGUACGUUAGAAUGUUUAACUUG